GCCGCAUAGCGCUCUUUCUCUCCAUAAUUCUACCUUGGUUCUGCCUACCGGUUCGACUUGCACUGGCCUCACGCAGACGUUUCAUUUGUGCUCAACAGCUCGAAGGACCACCAGUGGAAUAAGUUCAUCACGAUCUUAGACAUACCUCAUCAUGCCGAUCCCUGAUCUCCAAAAACCAGCUCCUGCUUUCCAAGGAACUGCUGUUGUAAAUGGCCAGUUCAAGGAAAUUUCGCUCUCUGACUACAAGGGAAAAUAUUUGAUCUUGUUUUUCUAUCCAUUAGACUUCACUUUUGUCUGUCCGACGGAGAUCGUUGCAUUCUCAGAUCGUGUGGCUGAAUUCCGUGCAAUUGGUUGUGAAGUAGUAGCAGCCUCAACUGAUUCACACUUCAGUCACUUGGCUUGGAUCAACACUCCACGUAAGCAGGGAGGUCUUGGCGAUAUGAACAUUCCUUUGCUCGCCGAUAAAAGCUUCAAGAUCUCUCGUGACUAUGGUGUACUUGAUGAAGAAUCUGGAAUCCCCUUCCGUGGUCUAUUUAUCAUCGACGAUAAACAAAAUCUGCGACAAAUCACAGUCAAUGAUCUUCCUGUCGGAAGAUCUGUUGAUGAGACCCUUCGUCUUGUACAAGCAUUCCAGUACACUGAUAAGUAUGGAGAAGUGUGCCCUGCCGGAUGGAAACCAGGCCAAAAAACUAUGAAACCAGAUGUCAAGGAAUCUCAGCAAUACUUCAAAGACACAUAAGUUCUUGAAGCAUCAGGCAUCCCAAUCAUUGAACGAUCAACGUGAAAUUAUAUAUCUCUAAAUUGUUCCCUAUAUUUGGAUUUCUCAAUAAUGGUAACUCUCGCCGCGGCAGCAGCAGCAACUUUUCUUGCUGCUCUUCUUACAUUGAACAAAAAUUUCUCGAUUGUAUCCUGUGGAUGAAACCGCACAAGAUAUCAGAUUGGUAAAUCUAAAUAUCUGAGCAUUCUUCAUUCCUUUUUGUGAUUGUCCCAUUCAUAUUACCAUUAGUGUAAAGCUAUCAGAGGCAUGUUCCUUUAGUCCAGUAUUUAUGUAAGGCGAUAUGCCAGGAUUUUGGUGCCACUGGCACAGACGUCGGAUGCGCCAACUCUUCUUUUUAAUAAACGAAAUUGUUUUGUAAA